AAAAAAAAAUCAGAAAUUCAAAUUCUGGUGUUUUCAAACUUAUGGUUCGAAAAAAUCUGCAGUUUUUGUAGCGAAAUUAAACUUUAGAGAUUUAUAGAACAUGAUUUUGAAAUGAAAUGUUGACCUUUCAUUCAUUUUUCGCUGUUUUCAAUCAAAACUUCAUCGGAACUUAACCCAAUUAAAUACGAGUUUAAAAAGGUGAAAUAUUUCCUGAUAAAUAUUUCACAAUAUUCUUGUUUUAAUUAUUUAACCUGGAAAGUUGUCCUUUUUCUGAGAGUAUUGAAUGCAAUUAAUUAAAAUUUAAAAACAACUGGAAAUCUCAAAUAUUGAUAUAGGGUAUCCUAUAAUCACCUACAGUUCACUUCAGCUACUAUUUACCUGUUUUUCAAUGCAUUGUUUUUCUCCAAGCAUCCCGAAGUAAUGAUAUCUAUGUUGGUGGUAUGCGUGUGUGAGUUUGUGUGCUUUUAAACGAAGACUUCCGAGCUUCCGUUUAAACAUCAUUAUGAUGGCACAUAGCAUUUUGUGGUAUAAAUGUGGCUGUGGUUUGCAUCUAGAUUUACUACAGCAGUGACCAGCGGAGUUAAACGUGGAUUACACAAAAACGAACGCAACUUUGCAACAUCGACAGUGAUAAAGAAGGAAAGCAAUUCCAAAAAUGUUUUUCAAAGUUUUUUUAGUGUUCUUUAUCGCGUAUGUGGGUAUUUUAGAAGGUACACCACCUCCAUCGCGUAAUAAUAAAAAUCCUCAAACGGAAGAUUUACAUCCAAUGCAUUCACAUAUGAUAACGAUUGAACGUUUGGAGGCACUUUUAAGGAGGGCAAGUGAAAUAUUCAAGCCUCAUCUUGAUGCCAGACAAAUUGAUCUGCCUUCAUCAGAAAGCCAACAAGUUGCAGUGCCCAUGCAAUAUAUGCAGCCGCCCAGUCAACCUUAUAACUUCUAUUUACCAUUAUUUGAUUAUGACGAUAGUGAAGAAACCCAUCAAGUGAAACAACUUGAUGGCAAAAGUCGUAAAAUGGAUAUGUUUAGCCCACCUCCCAAGCCUAAAGACUCAGACUCUGUUGCUAAGAAUUUUUAUGAUACAAAACCUAAAAAAUCUCCUAAAAAAUUUAAUGCUGCCAAUAAACACAUCAACAUUAAAUGGCUGAAUAACUAUGAAAAGCAAUUAUCAUCGCCUGGCAAUAAACAAGCCAUGCAAGUACCUAAAGAUGUAUACCUGAUGAACGACGAACGCAAUCGCAUCAACUUUGAUGACACUUUUUUCGCUGUGGAUAUGAAGGUUCCUGAUAGAACCAAUAAACUCGACAACAAACCUCAAAACGAUGCGGAGCAUGGUCAACAUGAGGAUUAUCUUAAUCAGGGCGAAGAGGAUUUAAUAGCAGCAGCUGCCAUCCAAAUACCAUUAAUUACAGAUUUUACUUCCUUAAGGCGAUUGUAAAUUUUAUACAAAGAAAAUAAAAUUUAAAGUCAUUUAACUUAUAAAAUGUACAUAUAUACACAACUUCUUUAAUGAUCCAAAUAUAUUUGUAAU